UUUACAGUAUUUAAUACCUGAAGCCGCAUUAAAGCCAGCGUAGUCAACAAUGGCCCUCCAACGGUUCCUGUGCUUUUUCUCUGUGAUGAUCAUUCUUUUUGGCAAAGAUGUUCAUUCACAGCUGCCUGGUGUUCCUUCACAGCAGCCUGCAUGUGGCAGGGUUAUUAAAAAUGGCAGAAUCGUAGGAGGGGAAGAUGCAGCCCCUGGAAGUUGGCCCUGGCAGGCAUCUUUAUCCAAAGAUGGCUCUUUUUUCUGUGGAGGGUCUCUAAUCACCAACCAGUGGGUGCUGACAGCUGCUCACUGCAUUACACCUGCUGAUCUUCCCACCACAGCGGUGACUCUGGGCCACAACACUGCGUCUGGUCCAAACCCAAAUUCAGUGACUGUGACUCUUGCAAACAUCAUCUGCCAUCCCGACUAUGACUCUACAACAAUGAAUAACGACAUGUGCCUCCUGCAGCUGUCGGCUCCUGUGAAUUUCACAGACUACAUUCAGCCAGUCUGCUUAGCCUCAGCAGGCAGCACUUUCAACAAUGGGACCAGCAGCUGGGUCACUGGCUUUGGUACCCUAUCAAGUGGUGGUUCCACCCCAGAGACUCUGCAGGAGGUGAAUGUACCAAUUGUCGGAAACAAUGAGUGCAAAUGCGACUUACAAAACUUCGUUGCAAUCACAGAUAACAUGAUCUGUGCUGGACUGCAAGAGGGUGGGAAGGAUUCAUGUCAGGGAGACUCGGGGGGACCACUCGUGACAAAAAACAAUAUGGGCAUCUGGAUCCAGAGUGGAGUUGUGAGUUUUGGUGAGGCCUGCGCCCUGCCUAAUAAACCUGGAGUCUACGCUCGUGUGUCCCAGUACCAAAACUGGAUCAGCACCACCGUCACCGGAACACCACCAGGCUUUGUUGACUACACCUCCAUGGGCUUUGACUUUGACUUAUUCUUCUCCUGCCCCACAUCAACACCAACCACUGGUCCCACCGAUUACCCACCCCCCACCCCCCAUGUGACAGUGAGAGUUUGUUUUGCAGUGGUGAAAACCUGAUCCACUUCACUCACUUCACCUCACUCUGUGUUCUUGUUGUGUUGCUGAAAGUGUUUGUUUGAAGUGGAGAAAUUUAACUCCAAGUCUGAACUGGAAAUUAGAGGUAAAUGUUGCAUUUUUGAUUCACGCAAUCGAGUUUCUCUUUUUUUUUUUUUUUACAAACUAUCUGAUAAAAUUUUGAUAUGUGAAACUAUCAUUUUAAUUAACAAAUCAAAAAACAUAAUUAAUUCUAAAGAAAUGAGAUGAAAUGUUAAUAUUUUAUUCUUGGGCUUCUUUCCAUUGUUUGAUCAAAAUAAGAUACAGCUUAAAUAAAACAUAUCCAAAUCUUGA